AUGCAAAAACUUCAAAAAAAAGAUUUUUUGGGUUUUAGUAUCUUUGAAGUUUUAACUAUCGCUCUUGAUCGAUUUUUCAUGCCCAGAUAUUGUGAGAAAACAGAUGAACCAACUCAGGUGGCAAGUCAGCUGACGAAUCAAAAUAAUGGAUUUGUGCAAACACAACCAGGUGUUUUUCCACUACUUACACCUAUCAUCAACAACUGUGGCAAGGGCAAAAAGAAGAAAUCGGUCAAGUUUCUGACUUAUGUUGAGCGAUACAAUUUACCAAUAGCUUUUAGUAAAUAUCUAGAUUAUAUAAAAGCUUUCCUCACUUCAUAUGAAAUAUUAUAA